AUGUCUUCCACGACCGCACCGUUUCCAACCUUCCCCGUCUCCCAGAUCACCAUGCCGUCCGACCACCUGUUCACAUCUGCCUACGCCUUCGUCAAAGAACACUGCUCCAGAGCCACGCUCAACCACUGCCUCCGCAGCGUCGCUUUUUCUCUCAUCCUAUUCCGCAAGUUCCCGCCCUUGGCAACGAACGCGGACAUCGACAAGGAUGCCGUCGUCCUCUCUCUGCUGAUGCACGACAUGGGCUGGGCGACCAGUAGCUCGUCCCUGACGUCUAAUGAGAAGCGCUUCGAAGUCGACGGCGCCGACAUCGCUCGCAACUUCAUCCGGACUGAAACAGGUGGUGGCACGGGCACCAGCAACGGAGGAAAAUGGGACAGGCACCGCCUCCAGCUCAUGUGGGACGCCAUCGCGCUGCACACCACCCCGAGCAUCGCGCACCACAAGGAGCCUGAAGUCUUGGCGACUCAGCUGUCCAUCAUGGCCGAGUUCUUCGGGCCGCAUCUCGACGCCGCCGUGCCGGGUUGCUCCAUCACGGUGGACGAGUACAAGGAGGUCUUGGCCGUGUGGCCGCGUCUGGGCUUCAAAGAGGAAAUGAGGCAGACGCUCUGCGGUUUCUGCCGCGACAAACCAGAAACCACACUCGACAAUUUCGUCUCCGAGUACGGCAGGAUCUACGGCCUGGACGGCAAGGGCGGUGAGAGGGACGGGUUCGUCAAAUUGUGCGACGAGAAUAAUAUCGUCAGGCGCUUGGAAGGCGGGUUGGCGGCCCUGGAGACAUAUGAGAAUUGA